AUGCACAUCAAGAUAGAAGAGGACUUAAAGCAAUGGCCUCACAGUUUCGAGUUUCGUCUUCGGGUUUCACUUGCCAUAGAUGGCGACUUAACACUGAUCUCUCGGGUUAGAAACAUCAAUGGCAAACCCUUUAGCUUCUCAUUCGCAUAUCACACUUACCUCUCUGUCUCUGACAUAAGUGAAGUGAGAAUCGAAGGGUUAGAGACACUGGACUACUUGGACAACCUCAGCAAAAGGCAGCUUUUGACAGAACAAGGAGAUGCAAUAACCUUUGAAUCUGAGAUGGACCGGACUUACCUCAGAUCACCAAAAGUAGUUGCAGUUCUUGACCAUGAACGGAAAAGAACAUAUGUUAUCGGAAAGGAAGGACUUCCAGACACCGUGGUAUGGAAUCCAUGGGAGAAGAAAUCAAAAACAAUGGCGGAUUUCGGGGAUGAUGAGUACAAAAGCAUGCUUUGUGUGGACGGUGCAGCAGUUGAGAGACCCAUCACAUUGAAGCCAGGAGAAGAAUGGACCGGUCGGCUUAUGUUAACCGCGGUUAAAUCCAGUUUCUGCUUCGACCAACUUGAACUACGGAGCAAAGGAUUCUGA